UAUAUAUAUAUAUAUAAACAACAAAGAAAACGCUACAGCCUGAAAAGAUUUUCAGACAUUGCAAAAAAAUCAAAAAUCAUAUUCUUUUUUCCUUUUGUUUUUCAGUUCUGUCUUCCUCCUUCCAGAUGGUAAGGGAAGGGAAGGCUGGCCAUUCAAGCAAUUUUAAGAAAAGGGUUAGAUCGAAACAUGAGGGUUCAGAUGAUUCAGAUGAAGAUUAUGUAGCUUCGGAGGGAAAUGAAGGAUCUGAUGAUGAUGCUGAAUAUUAUUGUUCUUCCUUAGAUGAAUGUGCAUCGGAAGAGGGUUUUCAGGGUUACAAUGAGGAGGAAGAGGAAGAGGUGGGAGAGGUUGUUAGGUUGAAAAGAGAACGGAUAUCUUCGGUAAGGGAGAGGAAGAUUGUGGAUAAAAAAUCUGUAAAGCAGGAAACCGUGUCUGUUGAAGAUGAAGACAAGGAUUAUGAGGAGGAAGAAGAAGAAAAGGAAGAGGUGAGAGAGGUUGUUAGGUUGAAAAGAGAACGGAUAUCUUCGGAAAGGGAGAGGAAGAUUGCGGAUAAAAAAUCUGUCAAGCGGGAAAGCUUGUCUGUUGAAGAAGAUGAAGACAAGGAUUAUGAGGAGGAAGAAGAAGAAAAGGAAGAUGAUGAUGAGGAGUUCACUCCAGAUUUAGAAGAUUGUUUGGAUGAGGAAUUUACUCUGGAUGAAGAGGAUUGUUUGGAUGAAGAAUUCACUCCGGAUGAAGAGGAUUGUUUAGAUGAGGAAGAGGAAUUGACUAUGACUAAGAAGAAAAACAAAACAAAAGUUAGCAAGCAAGUUUUGCGGAAAAAGUACCCUUCUAAACAUAGGACAAAGAGGAAGAGGUCUGCAAUUUCUAAGAAGCCUUCGAGAAAACAAGGAAGGAAGAAACGGCGGUUGAAGAGGAAAAGGAGGGCUGAAGAAGAUGAUGAUAAUGAUGAUUGUGGUUUUAUAGACAACACUCCAGCUCUGAGACAAAAGAGCAGAACUAAUGCAGGACAGAGAAAAAAGGCAUAUGUUGUACCAUCAGAUUCGGAUUUUGUGUCAUCUGGAUCAUCUGAUUACGAGUAUACUGUCUCAGAGGAAGAGAGAGAGCAAAUGAAAGAAGCCAACCAAUUUUGUGGAAGUUUAAAAACUAGUUUGAGGAGUUCAUCAGCAUCAAAGAGAAUUCAGGAGCUUGAAGAGCUAGGCCAACCUAAGAAACCUCCAGGAAGAAAGGGUAAGGAGAAGAUAGAGGAAACAAAGGCUGAAGUAAUAAAGCCAGUUUGUGGCAUUUGUCUCUCUGAGGAAGACAAACGAAGAUUGAGGGGCACACUGAACUGUUGCAGUCAUUAUUUUUGUUUUACCUGCAUUAUGGAGUGGUCAAAAGUGGAAUCUCGUUGCCCAUUGUGCAAGCAAAGGUUCGAAACUAUCAGUAAGCCUGCAAGAUCAGCAGCUGGAGUUGAUUCGAGAGAGGUGUUGAUCCAAGUACCUAAGCGUGAUCAGGUCUACCAACCUUCUGAGGAAGAACUGAGAAGCUAUCUUGAUCCAUAUGAGAAUGUCAUUUGUUCUGAAUGCCACCAAGGUGGGGAUGAUGAACUCAUGUUACUAUGUGAUAUUUGUGAUUCGUCAGCACACACCUAUUGUGUUGGUCUUGGUCGGGAAGUACCUGAAGAUAAUUGGUACUGUGAUGGUUGCAGGCCUGUUGCUACUGGGUCCGCUAGUUCCCAAGUUCAAGAUUCUUUGCCUGAUCAUAGAAUAAUAAACAAUUUGUACAAUAGAUUUUCACCCAUGGUAAAUUUUGGAGAAGGUUUAGACUCCAUUGUAGGUCCUUCACCGCUUAUGCCAUCAAUUCCCAAUUUUGUGGGUUACUCAUCUCCUAGAUUUCCUGCUGUAGAUAUUCCCGUUGUUUCUCCGGCAUCUGGAGCAGGGGCUCCAACUCUGACUGGAAGGCGAUGGUUGCAUCGCCAGAUUCAAAAUCUUCGUUCUAUCAAUAGGAUGAAUUUUAUGGCUGGUAGGACUGAUGGGAUAUUAAGCGCCAAUAUGGGCACUGAUUUCGUGAACUCUCACACUGAUCAGAGUACAGAAACAACAGUUCAACAAGCUAGGACUCAAGAUAAGGGAACUCAACAUCAAACAGUGUUUGAGGAGAGAUUACAGGAUGAUCCCUCUUCUUCAGUGCCAAGUAGGGACUUAUCUUCUUCAAGGUUGGAAAAUUUGAGAAGGCAAGCAGUUCAGGAUUCAACCACCCCAACAACCAAUACAUCGAUCAACUUGACGUUAUGGCCUGAACUUACUGGUAUCAGUUCAAACGAGCAACUCCGUCAGUGCAUCAAUGGAUCAAACAUUGGACCUGAUGGUUUUGCUUCACCUUUUUCUGUUAGAGAUGAAAAUAACUUUUCAAUGGCCAAGGAACAGUUGCAAGGAAUGGUCAGAAGCCAUUUGAAAGCCUUGUCCACUAAUAUUGAUUUAGACAAUGGUACUUUUAAGGACAUAGCAACAAGUGCCAUGCACACGUUAUUGGCUGCUUGUGGGCUUGAGCAUAUGAGGAGCGAGGUUCAUGUUGUGCCUCCGCCAUCAAAUUGUACACACAUUGAAAGAGUGGCAACCGAGCAGGCAAGCUUAAUGAAAGGUUGCAGGUCAGAGCCGUUUUCUUGUCUUGAUUUUCUGUUGUCUUUGCUGGAAAGCUACGUUAAUCCAACUCAGGUGUGAGUUAAAAUCAUACAAGUAUGUGUUCCAACUUUCUUUAGAAAAACAUUUUCAUGUAUUUGGAGGUUUGGUUUUAUACCCAUGUCCGGAUAUGCCUUGAAUGGUGAACAGUCCCAGUAACAUAGGUCAAGUGUGCAGCUGAUCUCAGUAGGAACUAUUCUAGGAGUAUUCUUAUUACUACUCACAUCAUGUGGGGAUAGACUUUUGAGGGUUGUAAGUUUAAUAAAAUAUGAUUUUAGACGCCUUCCUAUGUUGUGCUGUGUAAGGAAUUGAAAACAACAUUCUUGGAUUUAAAUUAUUCUUCUUUGAUGAUA